AUGUCGGACAUUGAAAAGUCUGCGUCGUCACCCAAGGAUGUCCAGUAUGUCCGUGGGGAUGAUUCCGUCUCUGACUUCCAGGAAUUGAAAGUAACUGAAGUGCAAAGAAACUUGAAGGCAAGACAUAUUUCCAUGAUUGCCCUCGGUGGCACGAUCGGUACUGGUCUUUUUAUUUCUACGAAAGGACCCAUUGCUGCUGGGCCAGUCAUGGCACUUAUUUCCUAUCUAUUCAUCGCUACUUUGGCGUAUUCCAUUACUCAGUCGCUUGGUGAAAUGGCCACAUACAUUCCUUGUUCCGGUUCGUUCACUCAGUUUGCUACUCGUUUCGGCUCUCCUGCCUUGGGAUGUGCCAACGGUUGGAUGUACUGGUUCUCCUGGGCCAUCACCUUUUCUUUAGAGAUUUCUGUGAUCGGGCAGAUUAUUGAGUAUUGGACUUAUGAUGUACCCUUGGCAGUCUGGAUUUCUGUUUUCUGGGUGCUCAUCACCUGUUCAAAUAUGGUUCCUGUGAAGUUCUAUGGUGAAAUUGAAUUCUGGGUUUCAUCCAUCAAAAUCAUCGCCGUUGUUGGCUGGUUGAUCUAUGCCUUGUGCAUGGUUUGUGGCGCUGGUGUAACUGGACCUGUGGGCUUUAGAUACUGGCGUAAUCCAGGUCCAUGGGGCGAUGGAGGAGAAUUCACUCAAUAUGUGAACAACAUCAACACCGCUAGAUUCUUAAACUGGUUGAACUCCUUGAUUUCCGCUUUGUUCACCUUCCAGGGAGUUGAGUUGGUGGGUGUUUCUUGUGGAGAAUCUGCAAACCCAAGAAAAACCGUCCCCGCUGCUAUCAAGAAAGUUAUCUGGAGAAUCGGCAUUUUCUACAUCAUGUCCAUCUUUUUCAUGGGCUUGUUGGUGCCCUACAACGACCCCAAAUUGGACAGUGAGUCAUCAUUUGCUUCCUCUUCUCCCUUCCUUAUUGCCAUCCAAAACUCUGGUACUCCUGUCUUACCUGACAUUUUCAACGCCGUUAUUCUUCUUGCUAUUAUCUCAGCAGCCAACUCCAAUGUCUACUCGGGCUCUCGUAUCUUGUACGGAUUGGCUCAGAGUGGUGUUGCCCCCAAAUUUUUCUGCAAAGUUACGAAGCAUGGAAUUCCAUACAUUGCAGUUCUUUUCACGGCUGUAUUCGGCUCAUUGGGCUACUUGACUCUUUCUAAAGGCGGCAACACGGUCUUCGACUGGUUGUUGAACAUCACUGCUGUCGCUGGCUUGAUCACCUGGGUCAACAUCUCAUUUUCUCACAUCAGAUUUAUGAAUGUCUUGAAGUCGAGAAACAUAAGCAGGGAUAAGCUACCCUUCAAGGCUAUGUGGAUGCCAUGGUGUGCCUACUACGGUUUUGGUUUGGGGUUCACCUUAGUUUUUGUGCAAGGCUUCAGUAGUUUCUAUGGCUUCACUGCCUCGAAUUUCUUCACGGCCUACAUCUCUGUCAUCUUGUACGUUGUCAUUUGGUGUGUGGCUCAUUUCUACUACAACGGCUUGAACAAAAAUGCCUUCACAAUGAGAUCCCUUCUCACUCCUCUAGAUGAGAUUGACAUUGACACGGGAGUCAGAGAAAUCGAUGACAUGGUUUGGGAAGACGAAGCCCCAACUACUUUCUUGGGCAAGGUCUGGGGGCUUUUGUCCUAA